CCAUAAUCUCUGUUAUUCUAAAUUUGGGGUUGAUUUUGGCCUUGAAAUUUGACGGUGGGUUUUGGUGUUGGUGGUGAGGUUUUAAGGGUCUCUGUUAGUGCAAGGGUUCAGUGAGCUUGGGAUUUCCAAUCAGAUUAUUCUCUCUCAAUAAUGGAAACUGAUAGUCAAAUUGAGCUUAGUAGGCAGAACAAUAUGCUUCCCCCACAAGCUGGAACAUUUCUAGAUCGUGAAGACCUCAUCCAAUAUGUUCGUGAUUUUGGUGCCAGUCAAGGAUAUGUGGUGACCAUCAAGAAGUCGAGGAAAGACAGGAGAGUCAUCCUUGGUUGUGAUAGGGGAGGUGUUUAUCGUAAUAGGCGUAAAAUUGAUGAAAGCAAACGCAAAAGGAAGGCAAAUUCACGCCUGAUAAACUGUCCCUUUGAAGCCAUAGGGAAAAGGGAAGAUGAUUCGUGGGUACUCACAAUAAGGAAUGGGGAGCAUAACCAUGAAGCAUUAAAGGACAUGUCUGAGCAUCCUUAUAGUCGUCGCUUUACUGAGGAAGAGGUCAGGCAAAUCAAGCAAAUGACUGAAGCUGGCAUAAAACCACGUCUAGUUCUUAAGGCUCUCAAGCAAAUGAAUCCUGAACUGCAGUCAACACCAAGGCAUCUGUAUAACCUCAAAGCAAAGAUACGUCAAGGAACUCUAUCAGAGAAAAGUUUCAAGACAUGGAGACCUGACAGGUCCGCUUUGGUGAAUACAAGUUCUGCUCCCAGUGGGCGGUCAUUGAUGCAAAGUAACCAGCCGCUGAAGGUUCCUAAUUUUAUUGGAGGAAAAUUUGUUGAUUCACAAGGAUGUUCAAUCAUUGACGUAGUAAAUCCUGCAACACAAGAUACUGUUUCUCAUGUUCCUCUAACUACCUAUGAAGAGUUCAAAGCUGCAGUUACUUCAGCCAAGCAAGCUUUUCCUUCAUGGAAAAACACACCUAUUACAACACGUCAAAGAAUUCUGUUUAAGCUUCAGGACCUCAUCCGCAGAGACAUUGAUAAACUUGCCAUGAAUAUCACCUUAGAGCAGGGUAAGACGUUGAAGGGUGCUGAGAGUGAUGUGCUCCGUGGUAUAGAGGUGGUCGAACAUGCUUGUGGGAUGGCAACUCUACAGAUGGGGGAGUUUGUUCCUAAUGCAUCUUAUGGUAUUGAUACAUACUCCAUUAGGGAGCCACUUGGUGUUUGUGCGGGGAUAUGCCCCUUCAACUUUCCAUCAAUGUUUUCCUUAUGGAUGUUCCCAGUUGCAGUUACAUGUGGCAAUACAUUUGUUCUUAAGCCAUGUGAAAAAAAUCCAGGAGUUUCGAUGAUACUUGCAGCACUUGCUAAGGAGGCUGGUUUGCCUGACGGUGUGUUAAAUAUAGUCCAUGGCACUCACGACAUUGUUAAUUAUAUCUGUGAUGAUGAUGAUAUAAAGGCUGUUUCACUUGUUGGCUCAAGUACAGCCGGAAUGCAUAUACAUGCAAAGGCGGUUGCUAGGGGAAAGCGUGUCCAGUCCAAUAUAGGAGGAAAAAAUCAUGCAAUCAUCAUGCCUGAUGCUAGCAUGGAUGCAACCUUGAAUGCUGUGGUCAUGGCUGGUUUUGGUGCUGCAGGACAGAGGUCUAUGGCUCUUAAUACAGUUGUCUUUGUUGGAAACUCAAUAACCUGGGAGUGUGAACUGGUGGAACGUGCCAAAGCCCUGAAAGUCAAUGUGGGAACAGAUCCCAGUGCAGAUGUUGGUCCAGUUAUUACCAAAGAGGUGAAGGAUUGGAUAUGCAGAUUAGUUCAGAGCAGUGUUGAAAGCGGUGCUAGACUCCUUCUUGAUGGGAGAAAUGUUAUGGUUCGAGGCUAUGAGAAUGGAAACUUCAUUGGUCCUACUAUCUUAUGUGAUGUUACAACCAAUAUGGAAUGUUUUAAGGAAGAAAUUUUUGGACCGGUUCUUCUGUGCAUGCAGGCUGCCAGCCUAGAAGAAGCGAUCACAAUUAUAAAAAGAAACAGGUCUGGCAAUGGAGCUUCCAUAUUCACAACAUCUGGCAUUGCUGCAAGGAAGUUCCAAAAUGAAGUUGAGGCUGGCCUGGUUGGGAUCAAUGUUCCUGUUCCAGUUCCACUACCACUGUCCUCGUUUAACGGAUCUAAGGCAUCUUUUGGAAGUGAUCUGAAUAUCUCUGGUAAAGCAGGAGUGCAAUUUUACACCCGGAUGAAAGCCGUUGCACAACAGUGGAAGGAUUUACCUAGCUUAGAAUCAUCAUUAGCCGUGCAUCCAUUGUAUGAGACAAAUAGAUUAAGCAGAGGUGUCUCAUCUUCUUUGCCUUCAACAUCUGAGAGAGAUUCACCUAGCCGUAGAGUAUCAGGAGCCACAAACUCAGAAUCUGAGAGUGAUUCACCAAGUGAGUUGCCAAGUCGUGGACCCUCAUCUAUGACUCAAACAGCAUAUGAUGAUUUGUCUAGUCAGGGCCUGUCCCUUGUCAUGCCAGCAACAUCCGAGAGAGAUCUGUCCGGUGUGGAUAUGUCGCUAGCCAUCCCUCGAGCAACAGAAAGGGAUAUGCCAAAACAAGGUUUCACAUUGACAUCUUUGCAGUCGACAGAGAGAAUCUAUAUGCCCCAAACUUCUCACUGGAUGGAAACCUCAAGACCGACAUCUCAAAGGAUUGAAAACGGUCCACCAAGUUCUGAGAGGCAUUUUGCGUCCACGUCUCAGAGGAAUGAUGAGAAUAGCAACACGUCAUUGUCAUUUCAAAGGACUGGUACUUCUAUGCCAUUGACAUCUGAUAGUGUCUAUGCACCUGCCUCCCAGGACAAUAUGGCUGUAAUAUCACUCCGAAAUGAUGGUACGAGCGCAAUAUCUCAGAGGACGGAUCCCACACUACUUCCAACCUCUGAGAGGGCAUACGUACUUGGAGCAGCUCACUUGAAUGACAAUAGGGUUCAAACAUUUCACAGGCUCGACUCCACCAUGUUUUCAACAUCUGAUAGGAUGUACAUGCUCGCAAAAUCCCAUCAGCAAGACAAUAUGGGUUCAACAUCUCGGAGAACUGAUAUUCCUAUGCAUUCAACUUCGGAGAAGAUGUUCAUGUCAACAGCAUCUCAAAGGACUGAGGAAUUAGCUGUUGCUUCUCAACCAGCCUCUGAGAAAUUAUAUUUGUCUCCAUUAGUUCCAAGAAAUGCUGGUAUGCCUCAGAAGAUGUUUCCCCAAAACUCAAUUUUGAGUGAUGAAUUUCCCACACAAGGAGCAUCACUGACUUUACCUACAUCUCAGAGGAUAUAGUCAGAGCAAAGGGAUAUUUUUCCUUUGUCUCUUAGGAAAUCGGCUUUUAGGAAUCGGUAGAAGUUAAAUCUUACAGUAAUACAAAAUAACUCCUUUAGCUAAUCAGUUUCUCUUUCAUAUUCUCGAUAUUGCUUCCUUUCUGAAAUGAUCAGUUUUGCACCUGUGGACGAAAAGGGUGAGUGCAUCUCAUUUCAGGG